ACGUUCAAAAUGGCGUCGAGUAAGAAGAAGAAAAUUGUGUCGAAAGAUGAACUUCGCCGUUUGAUGAAACAAAAGCAGACAACAUUAAAGUCAUCCAAUAGAGUUGAACACGCCCAUGCAAAAUACAACAGUCUGAACCAGCUCGUGUGCACUGUAUGUAACAUAACCAUUAAGUCGGACCUAUUGUGGGCGGCACACAUACAGAGCAGAUCUCAUAAAGAGUAUGUGGCAGCCAAGGCAGUUGUGGGGCCACCAUUGCCUGCCACUAUCAAGAGAACUAGUUCACAUACUGAUUCUGGAGCUUCUCAAAGCAAGAAGUUGAAAAGUCAAAAUGGAUCAUCUGCAAAACAGACAGGUCUUCCAGCUGAUUUCUUUGACAAGUCGUCCACUAAAAGUCAGCAACAAACCAACUCGUUGCUGGCAGAUUAUGGAUCAUCGUCCGAAGAAGACAGUGAUGAUAGGACAUCCAGCACUGCCAAGCCAGGGGUAACUGGUCUCCCAACAGAUUUCUUCGACAAAGGCUCCAAGCCAUCAGGAGAUGCUGUUGAAGAAAAGCCCAAAACAAUGGCCGACAUUUUACCUGAAGGAUUUUUUGAUGACCCAAAGAUGGAUGCAAAGGUGAGGAAGGUGGAGUACAAGGACAAGAUGGAGGAGGAGUGGGAGCAGUUCCGGAGAGCCAUGAAAGAAGAAUCUCACGUGUCGGAGAACAUUAUAGAGGAAGAUGACCAGCAGGCCAACAUCGAGAGGAACAUAGAUGAAAUAGAUGACCAAAUGAAUCGCUGGAAGGAGAUUGAGGACCUCCAUGACAAGAAGGCAGAGGUUAUAGGGAAGGUGGGGGACCGGGAGACGCAGAGUGACAGCGAGGGGGAGGUGGAUGAGGCAGAGCUCGAGGAACUGUUCGACUGGAGAGCCAAGAAAACAUGGAAGUGAUCAUGUGUGGUGACUUGGAUACUUUCUUCAAAUGCUGACUGUGGCAUGUCGGGGUGCUGGGACUGACUGACAUACUCCUUCCUCCAAGGAGUAGAAUAAUGAAAUACUGUGAUCCAGUUAUCUAUGGGAGGGGAUGUAGGACUCCAGGCGGAUGACUUACGGGUGUGUUCAGGAAACAUUCCGUCUUGAUAAUACUUAAUGGAAGUACAUGAUGAACACUGUCAUUAGGAAAGAGUUAUUCCCCUUGAUGUGCUGGUGAAUAUCAAUAGUGAUGAGAUGGUACAAAAUUAUUGAUUUCCAAGUUUCUCCGGGGAAAUAGAUGUAAGCUGAUGGGCAGAGGUGUUACACUUAGCUUCAGUCAAGCUUAUUUGAACUUUGAAACCAGUGCUUGUUAUAAACUUGUAUAAUGAUGUGAAAGUAGAAUUUGACUUGUUGCAGUACAAUGGCAAAACGAGUCGACGACCCCAUAAAUGUUCCUCAAAUACUUCAAUGCUCAGUGGUUGGGCCUAUGCAAGUGAAGACAUGAGAGACUAUAUGACAGAUUUCUGUGAAAGAACGUGUACAGAUGUUUGUAUGUAAGGAUAUUUGUAAAGAAUAUUGAUAUAUACUA